AGGAAACGGAUUAGUAUUAUUAACUCAUACAAGAUUGUAGUUGUUCAGGUUUAUUACGUUUGUACAUUGAUUAUUGAUGUAUUAAGCGUAAUUGCUUGCAGAAUUUCAAGAUGACAUCUCUGAAAAUUAUGCAACCUGGUUUAAAACUAUUUCAGGUUAUGCCAAAAGUUUUAACUGCACCUUUGAUUCGAAGUAAAUAUGUGUCUGUGUACAAAACUGAAGAUGAACCUUGGAAAGACAUGGCGACCUAUGUAGUGAACAAAGCGUUUUUCUUAGAAAUUGCUCGUGGAUUGGGAAUCACAUUAUCCCACAUUUUCAGAGAACCAGCAACGAUAAAUUAUCCAUUUGAGAAGGGUCCACUGAGCCCAAGAUUCAGAGGAGAACAUGCUUUGAGAAGAUAUCCUUCAGGUGAGGAAAGAUGUAUUGCAUGCAAACUAUGUGAAGCAAUAUGUCCAGCACAAGCUAUUACUAUAGAAGCGGAAGAAAGAGCCGAUGGAUCCCGACGAACAACAAGAUACGAUAUAGAUAUGUCUAAAUGUAUUUACUGUGGUUUUUGCCAAGAGGCUUGUCCAGUGGAUGCAAUUGUGGAGGGUCCAAAUUUUGAAUUUUCAACUGAAACACACGAAGAAAUGUUGUACAAUAAAGAGAAGCUUUUAAACAAUGGAGAUAGAUGGGAGUCAGAGAUUGCUAGUAAUAUUCAUGCUGAUCACUUAUAUCGUUAAAGGAACCAUAGAAUGUAGUGAUAAAUUGGGUGUAGUAAAUAAAUAAGUAAAAAU